AUGGUGCACCUCGGGGCCCUGGCCCGCGGAGCUCUCUCAGGUCCUCGGCGUCCUUCCCGCUCUGCCUCAGCUCAAGGCUCUACGUCGCGAAUGGAAGCCGCGCGCCGCCGACCAACGGUGCCGCGGGCGUUAAGAGCCCCGCCUUCCCGAGCGCUCCGAUACGGCCGCGCGCCUGCCCAGAACCCGGCACCCGACAGUGAAGAACGGAGAGGGGCCUUCCCGAAGCCGAACCACGCGCGGAGCCACCGGUCCCUCUUCGCGCCGCCCGGCCCCUCGGCCCCGCCCGCUCACGACAAAGCGCCGGCGCGGCCUGGGCCCGACGCGACGAGGGCGGCAAGCACCACUGAAGACGACCACCCGGUAUACCACCGCCGCCUGCCGCCCACCAUCCCACCUCUCACCCCGCUGACGCUGUCCGGUUCACUUGCACCGCGAGCCGCGCUCCGCCGCGUCAGGACAGCCCGGAGGCUCGAGCGCGCCGCAGCCGCUCGGCGCAUCCGGGUCCGCGGGCACAGGAAGUAGCAGCGCCGGGGCUACGGCGAGCGGCGAGGGACUAACGGUGCCUGUCCUGUAGCGCCGGUCACAGCCGCGCGAGGUCGCCUGAGGCUGAGGCGCUGCCGAUGGCGGAGGCAGGACUGAAGCGGCUUCUUAACCAGGCAGCUAGGGGUGGGGCUAUACGCAGGAGGAGCGUUGGGCGGGAUUCGGAGGGCGGAGGGCUACCUCAGAGCCGCCUCCGAAAUGGCUUAUCUGUGCGAAGCGGAACGGCUUCGGUCGGUACCAGGGAAAUCGGCGCGCACGCAAGGUAGGGCUUGGAGCUGAGACGAGGCCCGCGGGCUGGGGCGUGGCCUCGCCGGUAGGAGGCGGACCCUUAGGACUCGGGGAAGUUCGGGUCGACUCGAGGGGCGUGGCCUCGUCUGUACAAGGCAGAGCCUCGGGGAUCCGGGCAGCCUGCGUUGACUCGGGGAGGGGCGUGGCCUCGUCGGGACGGGGCGUAACCUCAGAGCUCGGGGAAGUUCGGGUAGACUCGGGGAGGGGCGUGGCCUCUUCAGUUGGAGGUGUACCCUGAGUUUCGCUCGGAUACGCCACCUGGGGACUCGUUCCAGCCGGUGAGGCUGGUAGAAAAGCUCCCGCGGACCUGAUUGCUUCCUUUGGCUGUCUUCACCGGGAAAUAGGGGACAAGGAGCCUGAGACACAGCAGAAAUCUGAAAAUACAUCCAGCAUCACUAGGCAUCAGAGAAAUCCACGAGAAACCACAACCAAGAGGAGGAAGAGGACCCACAGAUUAUCAUAGCAGUACAGCCAAAGGCCGUGGAACUAUUCCCUCAACUAGCCAGUCCUGAAGGGGCAACAAUGAACUUUCACAGCACCCUACCACCUACUGGGCACCUGCUUGACCAGAGGAAGCAGGGCAAGUACAGCCUCGGCCCAUAUGAGGUCACUCGGGGUUGCACAGGGAAGCUUACCCAGAAUCCGAAUAUGGGAUGGAAGGUGGCUGUUGAUCUUGUCCAGGAUGUCAUCAAUUAGCCACACCUUUAGGGAUACCACCUGCCCAGCUGCAGACACACCCUGCAAGGAAACAGAGCAGAGAGGGGAGGUAGGUUAGGGCCUCAUCCUCCAGCAUAGCCCUCACACCCCGGUUCUAAGGCGGAAGGAAGAGGUGCUUUUGGGAAUGGGUCUCCAUAUGUCUCCUAGCUGGCCUAGAACUCACACACACCAGGCUAAGUUUAAGUCUUACCACAAUCCUUCCUCCCCUGCAGGGUUGACAAGUGUGCAUAACUACAGAGUACGGCUAUAUAGCGAAGGCUGGCCUUGAACUCUGUAGCCUAGGCUAUUUUCAAACUUGGAGUUCUCCCAGCUUCUGGACACUUGCUCCACCAUGUCUGGCUGUGCAAUGGAAUAUCCACUAUCACCCUGAUCUAUACGCAGCAGAGUGAUCUAUAUAUCACUCUGCUCUCUUCAGAGGUCAAUCCAAUCACAAAGACCUACCGACAAGGGCCCAGCCAUUUGGUUCUGUAUGGACCAGGCCCGGGAAUGUGAUGGAUUCUCUCAGGAGGUACCCCCAAGUGCCAUCAUCCACUAGGAACUGAGUCCAGGAUGGAUACCCACAUCAAUCAGAGACAGUGGGACUUGUUCUUGUGACUUGAAGUACAAAAGCUAAGCUAUCAGCUGCCAUGUGGCAGUGUGCCUAUCAUGUAGAUACACAGCGUUGUCAAAGACCUCUCACCUGGGCAGGAGAGAUGGCGGAGUGUGUGGUAACAGUCACGCAAGCCUACGGACCUGACCACUGGAACCCAUGGAAGACUGACGUCCACUUGUGCACACCCAUACUGGCACACACUAAUAAAAUGAUGAUGCAAUCAUUAAAAUUAUAAUCUAAAAGGUCCUAGUGCCACAAAGAGUGAAGACAGUUCCCACUGGUAAGGCGCUCAUACUGACUGGCUGUUGCAAUGAAUACAUCUUGGCUGUGCAGAUAAAUGAUACAGACUGUUAGGAUUAGCCUUCCUUGUGGAGGCGGAAGCCAAUAUACAGGCAAAAGCAGGCAGAGGUCCCCAAAGGGUAUGGGGACAGAUAGAAGAAAUGCCAGAGGGGUUGGGGAUUUAGCUCAGUGGUAGAGCGCUUGCCUAGCAAGCGCAAGGCCCUGGGUUCGGUCCCCAGCUCCAGAAAAAAAAAAAAAAAAGGAAAAGCCAGAGGCUGGGGAUACAGGUACAAACCCCUGCACUGAACUUCCUUCACUGUGAGACCUGCCUUGUUUAGAACCAAAACAGGCUCUGGAGGUCUUUGCCCUGAACCUAUUGUGUCCUAGACUAGUGUGUAGCCCUGGCCUGGCUGUCGUGGAACUCACUUGUAGACCAGGCUGGCCUCAAACUCAGAGAUCAACCUGCCUCUGCCUCUCAAGUGCUAGGAUUAAACAUAUGGGCUACCACCACCCAGCUAGUCAUCUCUCUCUCUCUCUCUCUCUAAUUUUUAACUAUUGUAUAUCCUCUCUACACAUAAUUAUGUAUACAGGUUCCCAAAAAAUGACAGAAGUAUUGAAUCCCCUGGAGUUGGAGUUAUAGGUAUGAGCCGUAGAAUGUGGGUGUUAGGAACCAAACUCUAUCUAAUCCUCUGAAGAGUAGGAUUGUUCUUAACUGCCGAGUCCUCUCUAUAACCCAAUAAAUCAUCUCUAUUUUUUUUUCUCGGAACCAUCCAAGGAAAGUGAAGGCCAGUGAAGACAGGGUGUCAUGCAGCCCACCUGGGAUGCGGCACCAGCUUAGCAAUCUGCACUCCUGGCCCUCCAUCCAUUCAACACCACCUGUUCUUUCCUUCAAGUACUGGCAUGACAGACAAGUGCCACCAACUCAGCCAACCUAAGCUCUUUUUUGUAAGUAAAACAGAAUCCAAAUCGUGUCACUACUA